UACGAUUUAAUGCUUUAUAACGUUAAUAUGGAUCCUUUGCAAGUCGAUUUAGUUGAUAUUUCGGCGAUGAUGGCCCGUUUUAUUUUGGAAACGAAUUUAGGUUAGAUCAUGUUUACAAAAUGUAAAGUAUUAACGUUAUUAGGUUUAAAACGUAAGGUUUCUGGCAGUUAAAUUAUGCGGCAAAACGCACCAAGAAGGUUGGAAUCACUGGUAAAUAUGGAACCCGUUAUGGUGCUUCCCUACGUAAAAUGGUAAAAAAGAUGGAAAUCACCCAACACAGUAAAUACUCCUGCAGUUUCUGUGGAAAGGAUGCCAUGAAAAGAAGCGUAGUUGGAAUUUGGAACUGCAAACGUUGCAAACGCGUCGUAGCUGGCGGUGCUUGGGUAUACUCGACCACAGCUGCAGCUUCAGUGAGGUCGGCUGUCAGACGUCUCAGAGAAGUUAAAGAACAGUAAUUUUAUAAUUGUAACGU